UAACCGUCAGUAAAGAUUACAAUGAUUUCGAAACGACGGAGUUUGAUCCAAAUAAACCAACGAAAGUAAUAAUCCACGGUUACAAAUCGGGACCGGACGAGGAUCAUUUCGUGACUAUGAGAGAUAAUUAUUUAAGUAAAGGGGAUUAUAAUGUUUUCUUGGUGGAUUGGGACGUUCUUGCUGAUCGUUUUUAUCUAACGGCGGUAUCCAAUGCUAGAGUAGUUGGGGUAUUUUUGGCGAGAUUUAUUGCCGCUAUGAAGCUAGAGGGCGCGGAAGAUAUACAUCUAAUUGGACACAGUUUAGGUGCUCAUGUAGCCGCAGUUGCUGCCGAUUACUUGUCCUAUUAUAGAGUUUCAAGAAUCACGGGAUUGGAUCCAGCUGGGCCAUUUUUUGAUUCAGUGGGAGAAGACGCAAUAUUGAACGCUGAAGACGCUGAUUUUGUCGACGUCUAUCAUACCAACGCAAAGAUUGCAGGCAAGUUUAUUACUUGUGGACACGUUGAUUUCUACUUCAAUGGCGGAAAAAGCCAACCCGGAUGUGGCGAUUUGAAUUUCGCUUGCUAUCAUAGAAGAGCUGUGCAUUAUUUUGCGGAAUCUAUAGUUUCGAAUGAUGGUUUUUGGGCCCAUCCAUGCAAUCUAGAGGACCUACGCAGCUACAAAUCCGGAAAGUGUUCGUCUACCCUACCAAUGAUUCUUGCUGGCGAAUAUGUUGUUAAAAAUUCGAAUGGUACUUAUAGUGUUAUUACUAAUGCUGAAAGUCCUUUUGCACAAGGACCAUACUAGUAGUGUAAAGUUUUAUUGUUUUAUAAUAUUACAUGUAAAAUUAUGUUUAUUAAGUCAAUAUGAAUGGACAAAGACAAUAAUGUUAUUUAGUUAAGUUAUUAAUAAAUA